AUGGAGACAGCGGCACCGCCGGGAUUCACCGUCCCCGCGGUGACAGGGACAGCGCUGGGAUUGCGGUGCCCGGGCGGGGACGGGACAGCGGCACCGCCGGGAUUCACCGUCCCCGCGGUGACAGGGACAGCGCUGGGAUUGCGGUGCCCGGGCGGGGACGGGACAGCGGCACCGCCGGGAUUCACCGUCCCCGCGGUGACAGGGACAGCGCUGGGAUUGCGGUGCCCGGGCGGGGACGGGACAGCGGCACCGCCGGGAUUCACCGUCCCCGCGGUGACAGGGACAGCGCUGGGAUUGCGGUGCCCGGGCGGGGACGGGACAGCGGCACCGCCGGGAUUCACCGUCCCCGCGGUGACAGGGACAGCGCUGGGAUUGCGGUGCCCGGGCGGGGACGGGACAGCGGCACCGCCGGGAUUCACCGUCCCCGCGGUGACAGGGACAGCGCUGGGACUGCGGUGCCCGGGCGGGGACGGGACAGCGGCACCGCCGGGAUUCACCGUCCCCGCGGUGACAGGGACAGCGCUGGGACUGCGGUGCCCGGGCGGGGACGGGACAGCGGCACCGCCGGGAUUCACCGUCCCCGCGGUGACAGGGACAGCGCUGGGACUGCGGUGCCCGGGCGGGGACGGGACAGCGGCACCGCCGGGAUUCACCGUCCCCGCGGUGACAGGGACAGCGCUGGGACUGCGGUGCCCGGGCGGGGACGGGACAGCGGCACCGCCGGGAUUCACCGUCCCCGCGGUGACAGGGACAGCGCUGGGACUGCGGUGCCCGGGCGGGGACGGGACAGCGGCACCGCCGGGAUUCACCGUCCCCGCGGUCAGAGGUCUGCUUAUUAACCAAAAUUCACUCUUUUCCUUCACAGCGGAUGAAGAAUUUGAUGAGCUUUGCUUUGAAUUUGGUUUGGAGCUUGAUGAAAUUACAUCUGAGAAGGACAUUAUAAGUAAAGAGAAAGGCGAAGAAAAGGCAAAGGGGGCGUCUGAUGUUGUUCUCUAUAAAAUUGAUGUCCCUGCCAACCGCUAUGAUCUGCUGUGCCUGGAAGGGUUGGUCCGAGGACUGCAGGUCUUUAAGGAAAGGAUAAGUCUCCCUAGGUUCGAAAAGAUAAUACCAGCUGAGGGUGAAGGUCAGAGGCUGAUUAUCACUGAACAGACUGCCCAGAUCCGGCCUCACGCUGUAGCUGCCGUCCUCCGAAAUAUAACUUUUACCAAGGACCGGUACGACAGUUUCAUCGACCUCCAGGAGAAGCUACACCAAAAUAUUUGCAGGAAAAGAGCAUUAGUAGCAAUAGGUACCCAUGACUUGGACACCAUCACUGGUCCAUUUACUUUUACAGCCAAAGCACCUUCUGAAAUUAAAUUUAAGCCCUUGAAUCAAUCCCAGGAGUACACAGCCUCACAAAUUAUGGAUCUGUAUAGGACUGACAGCCACCUUCGGCACUAUUUGCACCUGAUUGAGAACAAGCCACGUUAUCCUGUCAUUUAUGACAGCAAUGGGGUUGUUCUGUCCAUGCCACCAAUCAUCAAUGGAGAUCAUACAAAAAUAACCCUAAAUACCAGAAAUGUGUUUAUUGAAUGUACAGGCACAGAUAUUACAAAGGCAAAAAUUGUCCUUGAUGUUAUAGUCACGAUGUUCAGUGAAUAUUGUGCGAAGCCAUUCACUGUUGAAGCAGUAGAAGUGGUUUAUCCCAAUGGGAAGACUCACAUCUAUCCGGAGCUGGCUUAUCGAACAGAGAAGGUGAAACCUGAAUACAUUAACAAGAAAGUAGGAAUCAGUGAAACUCCAUCAAGCCUGGCAAAGCUGCUGACUAGGAUGUGUUUGAAGUCACACGUCACAGGGAAUGGGAACCAUCUAGAGGUUGAAAUCCCUCCUACCAGAGCAGACAUUAUCCAUGCCUGUGAUAUCGUAGAAGAUGCAGCAAUAGCUUAUGGUUAUAACAACAUUCAGAUGGUGAUUCCGAAAACGUACACCAUAGCUAAUCAACUCCCCCUCAAUAAGCUCACAGAACUUCUGAGACUGGACUUGGCAGCUGCUGGAUUCACAGAAGCACUCACUUUUGCCCUGUGUUCUCAAGAAGAUAUUGCAGAUAAACUUGGCAUGGACAUCUCUGCAACAAACGCCGUACUCAUAGCAAAUCCCAAAACUGCAGAAUUUCAGGUGGCACGUACAACCCUCCUUCCUGGGCUGCUGAAGACUAUUGCUGCCAACAGAAAGAUGCCCUUGCCUCUCAAACUCUUUGAGAUUUCUGACAUUGUAGUAAAAGAUCCUAAUACAGAUGUGGGGGCAAGAAACUACAGACAUCUAUGUGCAAUUUAUUACAACAAAAGCCCAGGCUUUGAGAUCAUCCAUGGUUUGCUGGACAGGGUCAUGCAGGUCCUGGAAGUACCACCAAAUGAGGAGAAUGGCUACGCCAUCAAGGCAGCUGAAGGCACUGCUUUCUUUCCUGGUCGCUGUGCUGAGGUCUUUGCCAAAGGUCAGAGCAUUGGGAAACUUGGAGUCGUACACCCUGAUGUUAUCACCAAGUUUGAGCUCACCAUGCCUUGCUCUGUCCUGGAGAUCAAUAUUGAGCCCUUCAUGUGAAGAUGUGACUUUUGUCCUCCGACAGCCGUCCACUGUCACACGCAGCACCCUCUCCUCCUUUGUCUGCCUCCCAGGGGACAUCUCGUAUGCUUUUAUGUUCCAAUAAACCAGAAAAACAGA